CUCCGUUCGCAGAGGCAGGGCACCGAUAGAUCACCGACGAGGCAAAACUGCGAACUGAGUCAAAAUAAACCCAUCAAUCGACAGGCUCCUGUGGUCUGCUUUCCACACAGGCGACGCAGCGAAGCGAGCUCGGAGCGCAGGGUCCUAAACCCCGCGAAAGCAACAUGCGACGUUGCGUCAUCGAACCGCCCGCGACGCGCCCACAAUGCACCACGCACACCCUGCCCACUGGCGGUCCUGAGCUCUCGCAGCCGCUGCCCUGCUCCACGCCCCCUAGACGACCCCCCGAGUCGGCUGUGCAAGCGAGCGUGGGGUUUGCCUUUGACGACCCCGUAGCGGCUGCUCUCCGCACCUGGGUGCACGUAGCCGGCGAGUCACGUCAUGAUUCGUUUCGGGAAUGCUUAAAGAAACGUGCCCAGGGGUCACGCGACAUCCUGGGGGUGCGGAAGAGCGCCGCCCGCUGAUUGGCCGAGGGGGCUGCCGCACGUGCCGCUUCGAAAGCCUCUCGCUUCCGGAGAUUCCCCGCAGUCUAGUUGCGAUUUGCCGGAGCGCCGGAGAUGAUUGGGCAGUGGGCUGUCAGGUGACAGCCAGGCGAUGAAGGCGACGACAGGGCGAAGCUAGCGAAGGCGACUGCUGGAGCGAGUGCGAGCAGAGCAGGCCAUGGCGCUAUUGGGGCGAGCGAGUGGAUAAGAUUUCGAUCCUUGCCGCUGAGAUCGAGGGAUAGGAGGAUUCUAGCAAGUUCGAGGGAGAUAGCGAUCGUUAGCGAGCGCUAGCGAGCGGCUGCGAGAGGCUGCGAGCGCUA